GGAGGCAACGGUCAAAAGGCCAAGAUGGCACGUGAGAAGAACUUGGAGAAGCAGAAAGCCGCCGGCAAGGGAAGCCAGCUUAAAACAAACGAGAAAGCCAUGUCCAUCCAGUGCAAGGUGUGUAUGCAAGCAUUUAUGUGCACCACAUCAGAGGUGAAGUGCAGGGAACAUGCUGAAGCAAAGCAUCCCAAGUCUGAUGUGUACGCUUGUUUCCCUCAUCUCAAGAAAUGAACAAAAUGUGAGAAGAAGUUGUAGGGACAAACUGUGAACGUUAUGGCCCUCUAUAUUAAGCUUUCUAGAAUGAAUUUACCAACAGUUCUUCUGGAUUGAUAGCUAUUUAAUACUGGUUGUGAAGUGUUUGUGUGUGUUAAUGUGAGUGAGGGAGAGAGCAAGAGAAAGACAUGUAUCUCCUUGUUGAACUGAAUCUUGGUCUUAAAUGAUCAUGAAUGUUG